GCGAGUUUACGUACGUACGUAGGACGGAAACCUAGAAAGUGGACCUUUUUUCUAACCUGUGAAAAAGCUGAACAUUUGCAAAAAUGGCGGAGAGGAAGCAAGUGAACCGGUACUAUCCGCCGGACUUCGAUCCGGCCAAGCACAAGAGCAUCAACAAGUACCGCAACUCUCACCCGCUGAGAGAGAGGGCCAAGAAACUGAGCCAGGGCAUCUUGGUGAUCCGUUUUGAGAUGCCCUACAACAUCUGGUGUGGGGGAUGCGGAAAUCAUGUCGGCAUGGGUGUGAGAUACAACGCAGAGAAGAAGAAGGUGGGAAAGUAUUACACCACUCCCAUCUACGAGUUCAAGAUGAAGUGUCACCUUUGUGAUAACUACAUCGUCAUGGAAACCGACCCCAAGAAUUUUGACUACACCAUCACUAGCGGGGCUCAGCGCAAGAACCAGAAAUGGGACAUGGCUGAGAAUGAACAGGUCCUGACCGAGGACAGGGAAGCUGUGAAGAAGUUAUCUCGAGAUGCUAUGUAUAAGUUAGAGCAUGGCGUUGAUGAUACAAAGAAGCUAAAGAAGGCCGCUCCAUCUCUCGGGAAGAUUGCCGAGAUCCAGUCAGCCAAGAAAGACGACUACGCCCAGAGCCAGGCUCUCAGGAAGAAGUUUCGGGUGGAGAAGAAGGAGCUCUUGGCUGUGGCGGCCAGUGACAAUGCUCUCCUGUCAAAAUCAUCGUUAGAGAUUGAUCUGGUACCGGAGUCUGAGGAGGACAAGAAAUUAGCUUCUCUUCUCAAAUUCUCAGUUCCAGGAUCUUACGAGGAAAAGAGGGAACAAAAGCGUGAGUCGAUCCAGAACAGAAACAUAUUUGCCCCAUCCACUGUGAGCUCCCCCAACAGCAUUGAAAUUUCUCCUCGUUCUUCCUCGUCCCAUUCAUCACCAUCCUCCUCCUCCUCGAGCAAGAAAUCUUCUGGAGCACAGCAAACACUUAUCAACAAGGUCAUUAAGAUGGCAUCGGUCUUUGGGUCGUCAGGGUCCAAGAGAAACAGCAGCAGGAGCAGCAGUGGCCUGAAGGCUUCAGCCAAGGAGUGGUUUGGGAGAACAACAAAAUCCUUGAUAUGUGGGACUAGAGGAAGCAUUGUGAAAAGAAAACGUAAACGCAGCGAGGAUGACGCCUCUGCUGUUAGUCAUGAAUUACACAAGAGGUCCAAGUUGUCUGGUAAUAGGUCCGGGAGUGCAGACGGUGGAUGUGGUCCGUCGGCUUCAGAAGGGAGCGUCGCAAGAGAGGAAUCUGUCUUUCGCGGCAAGGAGAGCAGAGAUGCAAAGUUUGAUGGAUUAGAAGUAGAUGAUACUGAAGGUAUACAAGGGGUGCGGGAUGAAACGGUAGAAGAGACGAAAGCAGAAUAUGAAUCACCAGAGGGAACGUCUUCCACACCGUCAACACAGCAGAGCCUGGAAGAUGGAAGUAUGGAGGCACUCCAGUAUCCAUCAAGUAGCACCUCAAGCUCACCAUCAUGCUGUGUUCAAACCUCAGAAAGAACUACAGAGAAACUGAACGUUUGUACCAGAAAAUUCUCAACAUCAAACAUGAAAGCAUCCUCACCGAGCCACACGCAAAGUACACAUCGCAUCAGAGAGAACCCUCGCUGCACUGCAAAUGUACAGAGUAUUUCUAAUGGAACUGACAAUCUUGGGCCUUGUUCACACAACCAGAUAAGAACCUCUGAACCGAUAGAGACGAGCGCAGUACCGAAGAUUUCUACAUGUGAACGCGGGUCACCCAGCUUAAAUGUUGUAUUAAGCGAGGGAGAAGUUUCAAGAACAGAUAGUCUCUAUCAAAGCUCACUCUCGUUGGUUUCGUGCUAUUCGUCCAGUAGUGGUAGUGAGGAUGAGCAAUAAUGCUUUUGAUACAUAUAUAGGUAAAGGUGAAUUGCCGUUUGGUCUACAACCAUUUCGUCUACUACCCAAUUAGUCUAUUCCCUACUUAUGACAUAAGUCUGCUGUCCACAAUGUCUAAUAAUCAUUUUGUCUACUUAUCAUUCGGUCUAAUGACCAUUAGAGCUAAUAGCCAUUUGGUCUAAUUUCCAUGUUGGCUAUUCUCCGAUAAGUCUACCACCCAUUUGGUCCAUUUUUCAUUUAGUUUGAUAAGCAGUUUGGCUAGUGCCCAUUUCGUCUACUAUCAGUAAAGUCUAAUAAUCAUUAGAUGAUUAGUAUUAUUUAUGAUUAAAUGAUCUUUAGACCAUAUGAAUAGUAGAUGAAAUGGGGAUCAUUAGACUAAUUGGGAAUUAGACCUACUGGAAAUUAGACUUAAUGAGCAAUAGACCAAAUGGGUUGUAGACUUAAUUGGAGACUUGACCAAAUGUCUAUUAGCCUAAAUGGUCAUUAGACCAAAUGAUAAAUAGAGGAAAGAAUUAUUAGACUAGGUGGAUAAUACACAGGAUGGGUGUAGACCACAUGGGAAUAGACCAAUUGAGAUGUAGACAAACUGGUUGUCAACCAAACGGCAAUAAAUCUGUACUAAAAUGGAGAUAACGUGUGUGUUUUCUUUAAUAUUUGUGUAUAGAUAUAUAUUUUUGAACAAGGAAAAUUAUAGUCUGCAGGCAUAGACUCUAUAGAGAUACCCAGAAUUGUCAUUUAUAAAGCCUUAUUGAGUAGCAAAGCCUCGGGAGAACAACACUUUGAGGCUACCCUGGGUAAACAAGACAUAUAUAUCAUUAUUAUUAUUAUUACCUAAAAAUCAUAAUACAAAAUGCCAUCAAAAUAAAAUGGAAGUUCUGCUACAGCUGAGAGAUACAAUUUAGUAAUGUGAUUUCAGAACCUCGACAUAGCACGUACUGAAUUUCUAGCUUGAAAUUUACAUCAGUAGAUGUGUCUAUCCACAAUGUAACUUUCUUAGUCUGGAGAUAGACUCACAAAAUUCCUGCCCUUUGAUGUACAAUAUUCCUUACAAAAAUGAAAAAGAUAUAUAUAUAAAUGAAGAAAUUCUUGGCAAUAUGUCAUGUCUUUUAGCAUGGCAUAAAUCUCACUCGGUGUUGCCAAUUUAGAGACUUCAAUUUUUAUUUACGAUUAGAUUUCUCUUAUUCAUGAACGGCUCAAUGUACUGCAACAGUAGUGAACUCAAAUUUUUCACUUAUUUUCACACUUUCUGCGCAUUUAUAUUAUUACCGGUAUGUAAUUCAGAGCAUUCUAUAUCAAAAGAUAAAAUAAAAUGCCUACUACAGUGAACAUAAACUGCUAUGGGUUGAUCUUA